AUGGUGCAAAAUAAUAUUUUUUCUCUAGUCAGAUUUGCUCGAACAUCCAAUUAUAUAAUCACUGCUGGUGAUGAAUUAACAUUAUCUGUUUGUAUAGAAUUGAAUCUUCCUUGCUAUAAUGCAACGUCAUACAUGUUGAAAUCUGGGGAAAAUGUGUCUACGACAACUGAAGGUAACUUUAAUGAUCCAUAUUAUUUAGCUAUGGUGUGGUAUCUACUUCCUCUUUAUUUGGAUAUUAUUCGAAAAGGAUUUACAAUAAUGAAAAGUGAUAUAGAUAUUAGCUAUGCCGGAAAAGAUAUUUGGAACAGUUGUGAAUUAAUGGCUCAAAAAACGAAAGCUGAUAUUGUAUUCAUGAAGGAAGAUCCCAUCAAUACAGGACAUUUUUAUGCAGUUCCGAACGAGAGAGUUAUUUUUUUCUUCCAAGAAUGGAUAUCUGCAGAAAGUUCUUUUAAAGCACUGAAUGAUCAACAAGCAUUGUCACAUUUAAAUAGAAAAACAUAUAAAAUUUGUGAUUCCGCAGAUGCAUGUACUCGCGUAAAAACAUUGCCAAUAAGUCAUAGUUAUAAUAAACACCGUACUAACAUGACAAACAAUAAAAUGGUUGCUGUAUCAACGUAUCCAUCAUCCUUUGCUCGAUUCGGAAGUAUAUGCCCUCCAGAUAAAAUCCUUAAUCCAUGUGAUCAAGAUGUUCUGUAUGUACACACAAUCUGUAUGUCAGGUUUUUGCUAG